AUGAGCGCCAAUCAGUCCAACCCAACAACUUACACCCCUCCGCAAAACCUAUCCUGGCAGGCCCGCCAACUCCUCCAAACAGCGUAUAAUCGUGUCCUUGAGGCGCGGACGCGCAUACUGGAAGCUACUGAUUUGCAGGAGCAAGUUGAAGCUCAUGUGCGCUUGGCAGAGGCACAGGACUAUGCGCAGCAAGUUAGGAUGCAGGUGUUUGGAACAGGUCAGGGACAGGGACAGGGGAAUAUGAGUGCGAGUGCGAGUGGGAGAAGGGGUGGACAUGGCGACUCUGAUACUGUGAAUGUGGUGGAGGAAGCAGAGGAAGUUGAUGCGGAUGAGCAUUUUGGCCGUCGCGAUCAAUAUAGACCAAAACCGCAGCCCCACUUCGGCUCUGCAGACCUGCCAAUGCAUCCGCCGCUUGUCAGCCAUAUGCGCCUCAAAGUCUACCUGCGCGAACGCCGCCAUGCCUCCCUCAGCGUAUUGACGAAUCAGGAGCUACUGAUGAACCAUGCCGUGGCAAAUUAUGAGACAAUCCCUGACACCCGCCGCCGCUUCCAACACCAUUACAUCGGCCUCAACAUGCCAGAGAACUACAGACAUGCCUUCGCCUUGCAAGGCAAAUUUUUGAAACGGAAGGAGAUGCCCAUGCCUGUUCUACCUACCAGCUCUGCCACCACCUCCACACCGACUAAUUCUUCAACCUGGGCCGCGAUCGCUUCAUCCAAACCCACCUCCAUGAGACAUAUCGGCGCCCCACCUGCCGCCACAUCUGGAGCCAGCACUACAGUAACGGGCAUACCAAUGUCGUCAUAUUCAAACGAAAAACAGCUUCCUAUCGUUGAUAUUCUGGAGGUCGAUGGUGGGUGGCAGAAUAAGAGUGAUGGGGAUGACGGGCGUCGGUCUGCGGGUUUAUCGGCAUCUGCUGAUAAUGCUGGGGUAAGCGAUGGAGGCGGCAGUGGCGAUCGGAGUUUGACGAGACGAAGUGCAAAGGGAAGAGGGGCGGGAGCGAGUGGAAGUGGUCGGCAGGGCAUGAGGAGGAGCGCCAGGCUUGCUGGCAGGGCAACGGGGUCGGGGGUUGGAUAG